AUGACCUACGGACAGCCCUUCGUGGGCACCGACAGUGGACCGGAGCUUUUGCGUCAAGCGGGAUUGCGCAAGAUGUUGUCCGCCUUGGGAUGGAGAGUAGAAGAUGUACCGGACUUGGAAUUUGAAGCUUUGCAGCUUUCGGAAAAAAGCGGAACCUUCGAGGGAAAUGCAAAAAACCACAAGCUCGUCGGUGCUGGCUGUGAAAUGCUCGCCAACGCCGUGGAAAAGACAUUGAAGCAAAAGCGCUUUCCUCUUAUUUUAGGCGGCGACCAUUCUAUAGGUAUGGGUAGUCUGGCCGGUAUUUUGCGUGCUCAACCGGAAACUGGGGUGAUUUGGAUUGAUGCGCACGCUGAUUUAAACACCCCAGCGUUGAGUGAAUCCGGAAACAUGCACGGCAUGCCCGUCGGCAUGCUUAUGGAGGGCGUCGCUCCCGAUCACCGACAGAUUCCCGGCUUGGAGUGGCUCGCUGAUGGACCGCGUCUUUCUCCUGACUCUAUCGUGUACGUGGGUUUGCGGGACGUCGAUCCGGCAGAGCGGAGGUUGAUUCAAUCCCUGGAUAUUGCGGCUUACACGAUGCACGAAAUUGAUCGGUAUGGGAUUGGUCAAGUUAUGGAAAUGGCUUUGGAUCACUUGUGCGCCAAAAAUCCAAACCGCCCACUGCAUUUGAGUUACGACAUCGAUGCGGUCGAUCCUGUCUUGGCACCCGCAACGGGAACAACUGUCCGUGGUGGUUUGACUUUUCGGGAGGCGCACUAUGUGGCAGAAGCGGUGGCCUAUACGGGCAACCUUGCCAGCGCCGAAAUUGUAGAACUCAAUCCUUCAUUAUCCUGUGGCGAAGGCGCGGAAGCUACAGUCGAGCUAGGCUUACAGCUUAUUACAUCUUUCAUGGGCAAAAGCAUUAUUUAA